CGAAAACUUUCCCGCAAAAAGUCUUCACCACAGAAAAUGGAGGCAAUGAGGAUGAGGCUUUUCUUCUUCGCAGUCGCCUUCUUGGCGGCGGUUUCCGCUGUGUCGGCCGCCGAUGCUCCGGCCCCCAGUCCCACGUCGGACGCCACCGCCCUCUUCGUGCCGACCGCCGUUGCUUCUCUGGUUGCUCUCGCGUUCGGGCUUCUCUUCUGAGCGGAGCAUUUUGAUUCGCUGUUAAUUAUGAGCGUAAUGUAAUUUGGAUCUUGAUCUUUGUAUAUGAAUUCUAUUUUCUUCUUUCUUAGAACGGGAGGGUUUUUGAUGAUUCGGCGGGCGUGUGUUUGAGUGAACGGGGACAAUGGGUCUUUAAAAUUUGGUUGCGUUUUCCAUUCAUAUUCAUAUGUACACAUUUAUUCCUAAUAGUGUGCUCUCUCAUUCUAUGUGUUUGUAAUAUCAUUGUGAUUUGUUUGACUUCACUCUUCCGUUCUUCA